AUAUUAAAACUGCUUUCAUUUUAAAAAUUAAAUAUUAAUUCUUUGGCAUAAAAUCAAUGAGAAUGUGGAAAUAGAGACAACACAUGUAUACACAUGCAUCUGUUAAUAAUUUACAAGAUUAACACAGUUUGCACUGCAGAUCAAAGUUUCAAAGGUGGAUGAAUUCAUCUAAUGGUUCAAGUAUUUACGUCUGUGGAUAAAAAAAUAGUUGUAGCUGUAGCAUUCAUCCAAAUAAACUAAUUCCAAGUGUAUUUAGUAGUUAAAUAUUUAAGAUAAAAUACUUCAGAAAAACUAGAAAAAUAUAUUUGAAUCUGUUUAUAAAUCCCCUAAAGGGAAAACCUAGUGAAACGCAUACACAGUGGAAAAAACAUAAAAGAAAAGGUCCAGUACAUUUUCAAUCCUGAACAUUUCAGGUCAUCCAUUACAGUCAACAAAUGGAAACAAGCCAAGGUUUACGACAGUAAAAUACACAUUUGUGGCUUUUCAUAAAGGAAAAACAGUAGGGAUGCAUGAAUUCCAACUACAUGUAAACAUCAACCAAUCUCAGAAACAGCCUCCUCAGUGGAAAAUAUACAGACACUGAUUGCAUUAUAAGACUGAGAAACAGAAAGUAGAAUGAAAGUGUAACAGAUGGGAUGUACACCUGACCGAGUGUUAAAAUGGAUUGAAUAAACAGUGAAUUGAUAAGGCCCUGGGACCCACCAUAGCCAUAUCCAGUUUUACACAGAGUAGUACAAGACCUGAAGAUUGAACAUAGCCCUCUGAGAAAGGUCUAAAAGGUAUGCCGCAAUCUCUACCAUCCUUCAAAUUAUUACAGAAGUGGAUUUUGCUUCAUCCAUUCAUCUGUAACCGUGAAUAAUUAUGGACCAUACAAACCAAUAUUUAUUGAACUUUAAAGGCUACUAUUUUCAACGAUUUCUAGCUGAGACUGACAUUCUAGAAAAUCUAGCUGAUUUUGAAAUUCGUGAUGAUGAUGUCUUCAUAAUUACAUACCCCAAAUCUGGUACCAUCUGGGCUCAGCAGAUAUUAAGCUUGAUUUAUUUUGAAGGACAUCGUACCAGAACUGAAAUGGUGGAAAUAUAUCAUAGAGUCCUUUUCCUUGAAUACAAUCCAGAAAAAGUGGACUAUGUCAAGAGACCAUCUCCUCGCCUCUUCUCUUCCCACCUCCCCUAUUAUUUAGCACCAAAAGGUCUCAAGAACAAAAAGCCUAAAGUUAUUUACAUCUAUAGAAACCCCAAGGAUGUUUUGAUCUCAUAUUUUCAUUUUUCAAAUUGGUUGCUUACAUUAGAACCUUCACAUGACAUCGAACAUUUCAUGGAAAAGUUUCUAGAUGGGAAAGUGUUUGGAAGUCUCUGGUUUGAUCACAUCCGAGGCUGGUAUGAGCACAGACAUGACUUCAAUAUUCUGUUCAUGAUGUAUGAGGAGAUGAAGAAGGAUCUCCGAAGUUCUGUGCUGAAAAUCAGUAGUUUUCUUGAAAAAGAGUUGAGUGAAGAGGAUCUGGAUGCUGUCGUCAACCAGGCUACAUUUGAAAACAUGAAGCUUGAUCCUCAAGCAGAUCUCGAUCAUUUGCUAAACUCUGCAAACUGUACAAGAACAAAGGAUGGACAUUUUCUGCGCAAAGGUACCAUUGGAGACUGGAAGAAUCACCUGACUGUGGCACAAAAUGAAAGAUUUGACAGAAUAUUCCAAAAGAAGAUGAGAGACUUUCCCUUGAAGUUCAUCUGGGAUAUAGAUGAGGAGUAGAAUCAAGUGCCAAAGAGUCAUAUAAAAAUUGUACUAACCAGAGAGCAUAUAUUAAAUAUACAUAUUAAUUUGUUCUUAUUUAAAUGUUAAUUUUGUACUGUAUUAUAAAUAGAAUGAGGAAGUCGUGCCUAUUAGUUUCUAUUAGUGUUUGAUGGACACAAAUUUUUCAAUUAAAAUGAUUUGGGUGAUAGCCUGCAUUGAUUGUAUGGUAAAUGGAAACAGCAUGUGACAUGAAUUGUAUUAUUUUUACUUAUUAAAGUAUAGUUGAUUUACAAUGUUGUGCCAAUUUCUGCUGUACAGCAAACUGACCCAGUCAUAUAUAUAUAUCCAUUCUUUAUGAUUGUAGUCUGGACAGAGAUUUCUGUUGGGUGUAUUAUUUCUUUACAAUUCUAUUUAAGAUUAAAGAAAUAUUAAAAC